GCGAGGCGCGAGAUGUCAAACACACAGUCGGCCUGCAUUCUUGUUGUUUUGUGUCGAUAUGUAGUAUUUUAGAUGUAUGUGGUUGUAGACAUACUGUUUCGACUCUAUCAAACAUAACCAGUCUAGAUAGAGAAUCAAGAAUGAUAUUUUUCUUGGAAAAUUAAUCUUGCUUUGAAGUCUUGUCUUUGUUUAGUUAGAUACCUUGCGUGGACGACUAACCUGCCCGUGCCUAUGCUAGUUAUUUCUCUUCGGUCCCAGUUGCUCGAGCCGCUGCAUUUGCUGUUUUAAACAUGGAAUUUAAACUUCUCGAGCACUGUCAACUGAGUACAUCCCAAAAAAAGACUGAAAGAAAAAGAGGUGUGGUAGGUCUGAAGGAUUUACUCUCAGAAAACAGUGCUCUUCAGGUACUCAACAGGAAUCAGCCUAUAGACCAAGUUAAUUGGACAGAGCUUUUCAAAUGUGCCCAUCGAGCCCUCCUCCUGGAAUCUGAAUGUUGGAAAGCUGAAGACCAAAAUAAAUCUGUCUCCUCUACUGUUAUUUCAAAUAGAGAGAAUGCGAAAAGACUAUUCUCUUCACUUGCUGAUGUUGUCCUACAAAAAGCAAAUGCUUCAAGACCAAAUGUUGAUUUCUCUGAAAUUCUUGAAGCCUGCUUCCGAGUAUUCACAGAUAUAUAUCUAUUGAAAACAUGUGGUGAAGUAUAUCUGGGUAUUAUGCAAGCAAAUGUACUCCCCGUCAGGAAAUACAGAAAUAGUUUAACAUCUAGUGAUUGGGAUAAGCUGUUCCAUUGUGUUCUCAAAUUUAUGGAAUCUGAGAGUGAGUUGAGAGGUAGAUUCUUCUACCAGGCCAUUGAACUUAUGGACAGUGUGGUUACUUAUUCCUGGCACCAGAGUCACUUGUGUCUACAUGUGAAGGGCAAGUUGUUGCCUCUAUUAGAGAGGAAAUUCAUCAGUUUUUAUGAAAACGUCUCCCUCCAAGAAGUAGUGCUGAAAUUGGCAGUCAACACUUGUAAUUUUGUUGCCAAAGAAAGUCGGACUGGAGUUUGCCAUUUUGGAGAGCUAAUCUUACCUGUUGUCUUGAAAAUGUUCAAACCUAAAGGUGAUGAUAAAACUUUAUCUAGAAGAUUGGUUGUAGACUUCUUGCUUAUUCAAGUUCAAUGCCAUCAUCCAAAUGGAGCAAAACAAGACAGUGGAGCUGCUUAUGCCUGUGAUUGGAAUAAAUGGACCCGCUACAUGCACGUCAUGUAUCGCACUGUCAUCGACACCAUUUCAAAGAGUGAGAGAAACCGUCAUGAUCCUUUUGCCAAAAAUUUCCUAGAUCUCUCAGUUGAACUAUUCUACCAGCUACUUGAUAAAACUAAGCCGGCAUAUGACAUGUCCAUAACCAUGAAUGAAACAGAAGAUACAGAUGGGGGUCCUGCAGCCAAACGCCGGAAGUGGAUGACGAGUACUGAAGAAUUAUUUGAAGAGCUUCAAUCUUGCAAGAGAGAUUCUUCUGGAUGGCCAGUUCUUGUGCUGGCAAUUUUAAAAAAGUAUCCCAAUAUGUUUCAAAGUAUUGAGCUGUUGCAGUUGCUUCAAAUUAUGAGUGAAAUCCAAUCAAAUUGGCAGAAUCAAGAGUCAUUGAAACAUGUUAAUAUGUGUUGUGAGCAACUAGUAAAGGUUCUUAAUCAGAGAGGACUUGGUUCUGAUGUUCUGCUGAAAGUGUGGGAUACCAGUUUAAGAGCUAUAAGUUCAACACAGAGUGAAAUUCAUCCCCUUCUACAAACCCUUAUUUCAGAGAGGUGUGCACCAACAUCUGGACUUCAGGCCCUAGUACGAAUGUUCCAGCGCCAUAUUGUUCAAUUAUCUGAUGCAAGCCUAAAAACUUUGUCCGUACUAUUGUCUCAUCAUCACAUUCCGGAGAGUCCAGGCUCUGAUGAAUUUUCAUGCGAUCCUUGGGACAUGCCAAUCAGUUCAGCUCGUGUAGUUUUGUUGGAUUGGCUAUUUUCAUAUGGCACUGAUAUCGUUCUUGAUCCAAAGCUAGUUGCAAGGGUUCUUGUCAAACUUAUCCUAAGAGCAAGAAGUGAGCCUGCAUGCCCUGACACAAUUUCAGCAUCCUCAAGUGAUAGCACACCAAAAGAUAUGUCAUUUGAGGAAAAUCAUUGUGUCAGUGCAUUUGAAGAUAGACUCCUAUUUUUAAAUCCUGAAAACUCCUGCCAAAAUCAUGGAAACUCAAACAGAAUAUCUCCUUGUGUGGUAGAUUUAUUUUCCAAAAACAAACUGGAAAAUUUGAUGCAGAAGAAAUAUUUGGAAAUUGAAAGAAAAAUGUCAGAACUUCAAGGGGAGCCUCCUCUGACUACUGCAAUGGCUGUUGUGAAAUUAAGAGAACAAAAAGUAGUAUUGGUUCUGGAAACUAUUAGCUACUCCACUCUUGUUGUAAAUGUGUUGUCCAACCUAUUAGUAUUUUCUGCGGUGACAAAUGAAACUCUCAAAGAUACAUCAAUUUAUGAGUUGCUUACCAAAUCAAUGAAACACCUCUCAAUAUUACUUCCUGAUGUUUUGAAAGUGGAUGCCUCUUGUGUUGGAUCUGAAAAACAGUUGAAUAAUUGCAUAAAAGUACUGCAAUGCCUCAAGACACUUUACGGAAGUGACUUGAUGCCCUGUCUAAAUUACCAUCUAUGUCAUCUAACCAACAAAUCAAUCUUAUUGACCUUACUGACAUUUUUCACUGCAUUGUCAGAAGAUGAGCACCAAAAUUUAGAUCUGCUGAAAAAUGAGGUUGAAAAGUUAUUUCCUGAGAACCUUUUUAUUGGCUACAACUUCACAAACGGAGAUAAUCUGCAAUUCCUUUGUGCUGAGGUACUCACCUCAUUUUUCUGCCUCAAACUUGAAGAAAAGUUACAUGUCAAGCAAAGUAAAUUGAUACAUAGAUUAAUUCAAGUUUUGUCAGACAAUAAUACUUAUGAUUUGUCAAGGGAAUCAACGUUCAUUCUGGUUCAUCACUGUUUGUCUUCUGUGUUAAGUUGUGCUUAUUUAGAGCCAGAAAGUCACUUACGACCUAUCAUACAUCUAUUGAAAUAUGUCUGUAGCAAGUGGAAACAAGAUGCUGUAGCCUCAUCUUAUAAUUUGUGUCUCCUCAGAGGAGUGUUUAAACAUGCUGCUAUUGAUGAUGACAGAAAGUGGGAAAGACAAGCUUCCAUAAUAUUGCUAACCCCUUUCAGAAAUAUGAAAUAUGGACCCAAGUUUACCAUUGAGUAUAUUUCUUGCUUUUAUGAGUUACUGAAGAUUGACAAGGAUUCAAAUUGGGCCAGAUGGAACACAUCAUUAAACUUGAGUGAUGUACUUGAGUCUGAUACUAUUUCCUCAAAAGCCUCUCGUAAAUUUGAAGAUGAGAAGGAGAAGACUGCAGUUAUUGAAGAGAUUGUGUUUCAUCUGCUUAGCCCGUUUCAUGAAGUCCGUUUAGUGGCAGUGUCAAUUGUUUCAAGUUUCUUCUGUGGUCACCAUCAUAACUCACUUUGGAUAGAAACCAUGUUUGAAAGAUUAACCCUUGUUCUGUUUGAAUUGUUUAUUGUCAAGGCAGAUGAUAUGACUCCUGAAGAAGCGAUAGAUGAGGGAGCCAAUCGCACCUCCACAGUGCUGCAUGUUUUAGCCUCAAUUGUAGCCUACAGCUCAAAGUGUCAACUAUGGGCUCUUCGUCUUAUAUAUUGUAUAAUGAAAAGAAAAAACUUAGAUCAAAAUCUAAUUAAAAAGGUUUUCAAAUUACUUGCAACAACAAUGAAACUUCCUAGUAUUCAAGGAUUUUUGGAGAAAUCACUCCCUUUCAUUUUGAAUGAGUGGUUGCAGUGGGACUAUCAACUUCAGGAUUUUCCCUUCAUCCUUUUUAAUUUGACUUCAUUUCCUGAUUUCUUCAACAAAUACAAAGGAAGCAUUUUACCUAUAGUUUUGAAAAGUAAAACCUAUUUACCUUUUUUCCAAUUUAUUUGUCAAGAAAUUGGUUGCCCUUCCACUCACCUGCUUGAGGAAUCAUUUCCUUCAGUUUAUGCUCAGUACUUGGCAUUCUUAGUGAAGAAAACAUCUACUUCAGAUACCAAAAGCGCCUGCAAGCAAUAUGAAUCAAUUUUCUCUCAACUUAAUGCUGAGAAGAUUAGAAAUUUGUUGUCAACCCGCAUUGAUGAAGUUUUGUUUGAAAUUACUAGACUAGUGUGGGAUUCUUCUCACCAUGAAGACUUGCUUGGGCUUGACCACAGUACAAUGGAGCCAAUGAUUCCUUUUAUUUCUAGUGAAGAAUAUUCAGCUGCUUUCAAACACUUGCAGAGAACUAUUAUGACAGAGCAGGAGUUGCUUAUCUAUUUUGUCAAUCAGCAACCCGACAUACUUCAAAAGGUUCUAUUGCAACUACGUGAAGAUAUCAGUACUUCAAUUACUGUAAACCAAAAAGUGAAGGGUCUCCACAACUAUAGUGCUUUUGUUCAUGCCAUUGCACUCUGUUUGGGAAGAGGUGACUUUCCAAGUCUAGAGGAAUUUUUACUCAGCGACAUUACUCAUACUUUACUCUACUUAAUCCAGGAGAACAAAUCAAAUCCUGUAAUGGUCGAUGUGUGCAUAGGUUCUUGUUGCUUUUUAUACAUUCUCUAUCAUCACCUACUGCCUGCUUGCUCGUCUGUUUUUAUUAAUUUACUUCCUACUAUUGUUGGAAGUUUGAUUCCUCUAGCAGUAGGCUCAGGAGCAUUGGCAGAGAAGAGCCAUAAACUCUUGAAGCUACUAGUUAUAACCCAUAGUUCUUGCUUGGGAGAUGCUAUUGGUUCCCUGCCUCCUUUCCCCGAAUCCAUGGAAUUUGCUGAAAUGAGGAAAGUGCAUGGUGAAAUGAAAUAUAAAGGAAACAAGUUCUCUCUCAAAGAAGAAAUUGAACACUUCUUAAGCUCCUCUAGUUCCACAAACACCUUAGCCAAUCAAAACUCAAUGUUUGAUGGCCUUCAUUUCUUAAGGAAGGAGCUAUGCAUAAAAAAGAAUGAGUUAUUACUUUUAUAUCAAGAUCUAAAACAAGGACGUGGCUUUUCACAAGACUGCAAAGAAAGCAUUCUUCAUCAGCUAAUCUGUAAACUUAUUCAUAUAACAUCAUCAGCAAACGAAAAAGUACAAAUGGAAGCAUUACGGUGUUUGGGUGAACUAGGACCAACAGACCUCACAACAUUAGUCCUAAAGCCAGUGGAAGGAUGUAUAAAUUUAUUAAGUGGAUAUUCUGACCCAGUGAUGUGUGUUAUGGCUCUGGCUGGACAGAUUUUAUCUGAUUACCUUCUUGAUUAUAAUAUCAAUGUUGUAAAAGCUGCCAGUCAAACCCUCCUUAAUUUAAUGUCAUGCCAAAAAGCAAAUGCCUUACAUAGCACUAAAAGUAACUCAAAGUGUAUUGAUUCUAAAAAAAUCUCACCAUUUAUACCAAUACAACCUACAAAACCUACUCCAUCACUCUCGUCAGACACCAUCAAACUAGUCAGCUUCAUACAGGAUGAUGAGAUUUGGUUCCCAAGUGGUGGAAUACAACACGAAAGAUGGAUCUCACGUUUGGCCUCUUCUUUAUUUUGUAGUUUGUCAGACGAUGAUGUUUUCAAUGAUUUUGCUUCUCUCUGUGAAGUAAAGACAUCUUUUGCUGAAGAAAUGCUCCCAGUUUUGUUUUAUUUGGGACUAAAUCAUUCCAUGGAAAUUGGACAUCAACUAUGUGCUCGCCUGGCUCAAUUUUUUGAGAACCAUUCCAAUGCUGUUUCUUUGGCCAAUGAUACCAUAAUAACAGAAGCAGAUAGUAAAAAUAUUCUAUUGAGCAAACCUUCUGUUCAAUGCAUGCUUAAUGUGGUAAAUUUUGUGCGUUUGAAGAAGGAUGGAGAAAGGAAAAAAAAUAUGAUCUUAAAACUAAAUUAUUUGCAUGUAGCAUCAGCAGCUCAAUAUUGUUCUGCUUACCUCUCAUCCAUUAUGUUUCUUGAAUUGUGGUGCAAUGACGCAAACAGGCUUGAAUACGAUGGAAGUGGUAUUCCGUACAUUGAUUUCAUCUCUGAGUGUGAACCAAGUAAUGGGAAAGUUCUACAGAAUUUACUCUUGAAGGCAUAUGAACAGAUCGGUGAUAAUGAUGCAAUGUACGGUUGCGGUUCUUCUAUACUUUUGAAUCCAAUGGCAAAAGUCAAUGAGUAUAAACUCACUGGAAUGUGGGACAAAGUUCUUCUCAAUUAUGAUGUAAAGUUGUCAUGUUCCAAGGGUAAGGAUGGAGUUAAGGGACUUGUUGAUUCUCUUCAUAGCAGUCGGCUAUACCAUAUGUUAAAUGUCUUUGUUGAGUCUCAGCCACAUGAUCAGAAAGAUGAGUUUCUUUCUGCACAAUUUGAGUGUAUGUGGCGUUUGGGGCAGUGGAACUCACCCUUGUCUUCAGAUACCAAAGUUAAGGGCUUUGCAUGGGGUCAGUACUCUGCAUUACAAGCUGUAAGUGAUAAAAACUCAUCAAGAGUUCACGAAUGUAUAACUGAAGGAAGGCUAUGUGUCUUGGAUAAUCUGGCCCAUUCCAGCUUAGAAAAUUGCAAAAAUAUCUAUAAACCUAUGAGUCAACUUCAAUUGCUUAAGGAAAUUGAAGAUUUUGUAAACUCUGAUGAUUUACUUGGAUUGUGGAAUAACUGGAAAAAUCAGGAUACCUUACCACACAGCGACAUAUUUCUGUUGGAAAUCACAAGAGCUCAGAGAGCUACACUCUUACAGAUUGCUUUAAAAGAGCAAGAAAACCAUCAAACCAGAGUUCCCAAAAUGUCCAGCAGUAUUUUUCAAUAUUUGACUGAUUACUAUUUAGAUACUGCUGAACUUGCUCGAAAAGAUGGACAGAUUCAGAUUGCAGAACAAUGGCUUCACUCACUUUCUCUUAUCCCUGGUAUCUCUGAAGAUGAUACUAGAAAAUUACGCCUUCAGGAAGCACAGUUAGCUUGGAGCUCUGUAAAAGGCCUGCGUGAUGGAACAAACUUAGUUGCUCGUAACCUACUGCGAUCUUUGAUAAAGGAUGUACAGGUUGCUGAAAAAGAGUCGAGGAGUAGGUCAAAGUUGCUUCCUCAGGCUUUGAUUUUGUAUGGGAAAUGGAUGGCUGAAACUCGAUCUGAGAAUCCACAGCAAAUCAUUGAUGAUUAUUUAGAAGAAGCUCUGCAAUUGCUGAAAGUCUUGCCUGCGCAUAGUUCAGUCCAGGAACAACUUGAAGCACAUACCUGUCUCGCACACUUUGCUGACCUUGAGUAUCAAAGGAUAACAUCCUAUAUAAAAUCCGAGACCUUUCAAAAGAAAGUGAAGUGUAUGGAAGCACUUCAAAAUGAAUCUUCCUUGAAGGUUGAGAAGGGUAACAGAGAACAAUCAAGUGCAGUUAAUUUUAAUAGUAAAUAUUCUGCACUAGAUGCAAGUGAGAUCAAGAACACUUAUAAAGAUCAAGACCAGUUCCUUCAACUUGCCAUGAGACACUAUCUCAGCAGUAUGAAACUUGGAGAAGGAACAAAUAUUCCUGUAUUCAGGAUGGUGUCGCUGUGGCUAGAAAAUUCCAACAAAACUGAAGUGAACCAAUUUGUUAAAUCAGAGCUAGAUAUCAUUCAGACAUAUAAAUUUGUUGAGCUUCUUCCUCAGAUAGCUGCGCGCCUGGGUUCAACACAGGACACUACUGAAGUAGUCUUUUCAAAAGCUAUAUACAAGCUCUUGAUGCGAUGCUGCAUUGAGCACCCUUAUCAUACCCUUCCACUUAUUUUGGCCUUGGCUAAUUCAUAUGAGGAUUUUGAGGGAAAAGUCAAACCUGAUCCAGAGCCAAGGGUUGUUUCUGCUACACGGAUGAUAGAGGAAUUGAGGAGGGAUAAAUCAGUUGGGAAACUUGUGGCUGAGAUGGACAAGCUAUCUAAGGCACUUGUUAGUUUGGCAUACGUACCAGUGCCUGACCAAGAUAACCCCAGAGGUUUUAUUGUACCUAAGAAUGAAAAGAUCCGGCAGAUGCAAAAUUUGCAGUAUGCAAUGCUACCUAUUGUCCAUUUACCUGUACAGUCUGAUGCAAAGUACAACAACAUAAUAAGCAUCCAAAGCUUUGAUAGCAAGUACUUUAAAGCAGGAGGUAUCAAUAGACCAAAGAAAAUUAUAUGUAUUGGAUCUGAUGGAGUUAAGAGGCUUUUGUUGGUAAAGGGAAGAGAUGACUUAAGACAAGAUGCAGUCAUGCAGCAGGUUUUCAACAUUGUGAACACCCUACUGCAGGCUCAUUCAGAGAGUAAGCGUCGCAGACUGAAGAUACGCACCUAUAAGAUUGUACCAUUAUCUCAGAGGUGUGGUGUUCUGGAGUGGUGUCAGAACACAUCUCCGGCAAUGGAAAUUUUCAUGGAUGUUCAUUCACGAUAUUGCCCCACAUCAUAUAAGAAUGCGCUUUGCAUGAAGAAAAUAGAGGACGCCCGUUUAAAAUCACCUGGGGAAAGACUAAGUGUAUUUAAAGAAAUUUGUAAGAAUGUCCACCCUGCUUUUCGGUUCUUUUUUAUUGAAAACUACUCCACACCUGCUGAGUGGUUUGAUCACAGGAUGAAUUAUGUGCACAGUGUCGCAACAAAUUCAAUGGUGGGCUAUAUCCUGGGCUUAGGCGAUAGACAUCCUAACAAUAUUCUUAUUGACAAAAGCACUGGUGAAUUGGUUCAUAUUGACUUUGGUAUUGCUUUUGAACAAGGUAAGGUGCUCCCAACACCAGAAACAGUUCCAUUCCGUUUGACCAGAGAUAUUGUGGAUGGUAUGGGAAUCUCAGGAGUGGAAGGUGUUUUUAGGAGGUCAUGUGAAAAGACAAUGGGAGUGCUAAGACAGAACCAAGAAAAGAUUUUAACCAUUCUUGAAGUGUUACUUUAUGAUCCAUUAUAUCAGUGGACAAUAACUCCAAAGAUGGCUGCGAAAUGCCAAAAAGAGAACAGUCAGGAUUCUAUUGCUUCUGACUCGGAUGAAAAAGUAAAUACAUCACAAAAGAAUAAAAUGGCAGUAAGGGUGCUGUGUCGUCUGAAAGAGAAACUCCAAGGAACUGAGGAAGGUCCAGUCUCGAGCAUUGAGGGUCAAGUCAACAGGCUCAUACAGCAAGCCAGAGACCUAGGAAAUCUUUCAAGAUUGUUUAGAGGCUGGCAAGCAUAUUUUUAGACAGUCAACUUCUGGCCAAAGGAUUUAAGACUGAUAAUGGUAUUAGCAUUCCAUGACAAUUUUUUCACAGAUGAUAAUUUCUUCCUGGAUAAACCAAUUAAUCUAUAUUUGUAAUUUAAGGAAAUACACUUAAUCUGUUCACUAAUUUUAUUUUAUUAUGAGCAAUUUCGUGACUGUACCCUGAAAUUUUUUCUACACUUAGUCAACGUAAGGUUUUUGUCAUUAAAAUAUUUAUGUAUUUA